AUGGCAAGGCUGGUGUACUCGGCAUCUUCCAAGAGGAUAUCAUGGGAAACAGAGUCUGGUGUUGCUACGCUUUGCUGUGUAGGAACUACAGAUAAAAAGCCCGACUCAAAACAGAUUGAAUUCCAGACAAUCUUGGGAAUUCUCCAGGUGGAGAAAAACGAAUACUGCGAGGAGUUCCUUGCAUGUGUUACUAAAAGCACACUCACCGGUUUGUACGAUGGGAUCGAAAUAUACAAGAUUGACAAAAUCAGGUUUCUGAAUAUCAAUGAGCCUGACAGGGCAGAUGAGAUUAUGUCCCAAGUUAAGGGGUUUAUGCAGUCCCAUGAUUUUUAUUACUUUUCGGCAUCUUUAUUCAUAGAAGAUGAAUUUGUGUGGAACAAACACAUGAAAGACAAUCUCCUGAAAUACUUUGGGCCAAAUCCUCACCGAUGGAUCCUUUCACACCGGCCCGAAAGACAGUCUCUUAAUCUCGGGAUCUCAACACUUUUCUGUGGGUUUUUUGCAGCCAAGGCAUUCAAGGUGUCGGAAGAUUUCUAUCAUAUGAAGCUUCUCUCGCUGGUGUCCUCAAGUAGAGUUGGGACAAGGUAUUUAUGUAGAGGUAUUGACAAUGAAGGAAAUGCAUCUCUUUUUGUAAAGACACAUUUUUUAACAAAGAGGAACAAUAUUACAAUAUUUGAUUUCACCAUAAUCAGAGGGUCGGUUCCAAUCUUCUGGAAUCAGAUGGAGUAUGGAAUCUCCACAAAAAUAAACAUUUAUGGAGACGAGGAUGGAGUGCGAAAGGCAUUUGCAAAGCAUUUCAAGAAGCUCAAGAGGGAAUAUGGAAAAGUACAUGUAAUCAAUCUUCUAGGAGAAAAAAAACAUGAAAAGCAGCUUACCUUGCACUUCAAUAGACUCUUAGACCUCGAGGACAUCCCACAUACAACGUUUGAUUUAAAUGCUCAUGCAAACAACUACGACGAUCUGAAGUUUCUUCUUUACUUCAAGCUGCAAAGUAUCGAUAUGAAGGAUACAGUCUUCCGAGUAAACUGCUUGGAUUGUUUGGAUAGGACAAACGUUGCACAGUCUUUGAUAUGCAUGUUCUAUUUCGAAAAAGUCGUAAGGAGCGAGGAAGUCCUGAAGAAGAUGCAGGAAUGCUGGGCAGACAAUGGAAAUUCACUAAGCAACUUAUAUACGGGGUCUGAUGCAAUGAAGAGAGAACUGGCUCUUAAGGGCAGGAGAUCGUUUAUUGGAUACAUGGAUGAUUUUGUCAUUUCUGCAACACGGCUUAUAAAUGGAAGGUUUACCGAUAGACAAAAGCACAGCAUUAUCAAUGUUUUAUUGGAAAAGAAGGAGGACUCAGAAGAGAUAGGGGCUCUUAGCCUUGAUAUGGAAAUCAUUAAUAGGCCUAUAUCUUGA